ACACACAGCUCAUAGUUUUCUCAGAGGACGCUGGAACUACACAUGUUCACUUCCUAGUUGCUGUAAAGUUAAGGCUGUUACAAUCAGCCUGAGGAAACACUGCCAAACAGAGAUAUUGCUGCAUUUCUUCUGCCUCCAUUUGUGGAGGAGAAUGAAGAAAGAGGAAGGUCUGUGUUUACUGAGGGAAAAAUAGCUGCACGGAGCCACAAACUUCAUCUGGAAAAAUGAAUCUCCUCAAACUCAGACAGGAGUUCUGAGCUGCUUCUGCUUAGUUGCAAAGAAGGGACCUUAGAGGGAGAAUGCUGAGCUUAAGGCUUGUCUACAUUUUCUCAUAUAACCUGUUCCAGUUCUGUGGACACACAUGGAUACUGGCCAACACCAUAGCCAGGUUCCUCACGUUUGGUCAAGAUGCUUUAGCAGACACUUUCUACUCGGUUGGCUUCGUGAUGAGUCUGUGCCAGCUGCUCUCCACCCUCGAGCUUUUCCACAUCGCAGAUGGGAUUGAGAAAGCCAGACUCUUUCCCCGUUUCAUCCACGUAACGGAGAAGAACCUUGUGCUGAUCCUGGUCAUCACGCUGGAGGAGAUCCAGAGUAAACUGGUCGUGUGUGUCCAGUUCCUGCUGUGGAACAGUUUGGACCUCUUACGAUACCAACAUGAGCUGCUGCGAGUCAUGGAUAAACGCUCAGUCGCCAUGCUGUGGACUCGCUACACACUCUGGAUCCCCCUGUACAUCCUGUCGGUCGCUACAGAAGGUGUCAUCAUCUACCAGGCACUGCCGUACCUUGAGCCGACGACACUAAACUCAAACAUUCACCACCCCUUCCUCCUGCUGCUGUACCUGCCUGUUCUCACUCUUGGAGCCUGCGUAUCAGUCUGGCAGCUGCUGAAGGAAAGAAAACACCACCUGGAGAAAUGGAAUAAUAAGAUGAAACGGAGAUGACGCAGAGAAGAACCGAAAGGCUAGAGAAAAAAUUCAGACUCCCAGAAAGUUCAGAGGAUAAUGAGGGCUUGAAAAAUUAAAGCCAGUUACUUUUUCUUUUUUAAAUCAGUGAGUUUGAUUUGUUACAAAUUGUUAAAAGACGUAGAAGCCACCAAAUGAAAUAUUUUCAGUUACACUUUUAAUAGAAAUUUUUGACAGAGCACAUUCCUCUUGACAUUGUUCUCAUAUGAAUAUGUAUACAUGCCCAUCAAGCUGCGGGAGGAGAGAUUCAGUCUUGGCGUCGGAGCUCCCGUAGAAUAUCGGGGCUCCUCUGGACUACCAGCCGUACGCUCUGGUCCACACAGUUUUCUUCUUGAACUCAGCGGAGGACUUCAGGGCCAACAGGGCGGCUGGAACCACAACACAAGGACCAUGUGAUAAACCACUCUUGGAAUCAAACAAUGACUUUUUCUGUCCCUGCCAACAACGGGUUGAAUGUAUGAUGCAACUUUAACAGGAAGGGAAGUAUCAAGUUCUCCCUAGAUUUUUGCAUCGUUUCAUAACUGUGCUUAAUGUCAGUGUUUCCCCCCUUGUGGAGCUUUUCAUUGUGUUUCCAUUCCUCAUCACGACCCACUGUGUAUCCUGAAGGAUUAACAAACACGUUGCCUGCAUUUGUUUUAUGUCAAUCGGUUAUUGUUAGUUUGAGUCAACAAUGCAUUAGACAUGUUUUCUUCAGUUAAAACUUGAUUUUCUUUUUCUUCUUGUACAGUUACCACUGUUUAAACAUAAGAUGCAAUGUGAGAUUUCUGCAGAUGCUGAAUAAGACUUUCCAACAGUA